GCUAGUAUGGGCCUGAAUAAGAAACUUUCCCCUUUAUUACCUCUAUAAGACGUUUAUGUCUUUGGGAAGACUGAUGGGUAAACAACCAGCUAGGAUCUGACAACAAGGCCAGAUCUGUUCUGUGCUACUUUUACCAUUCCCUUCAGUGACAUCUCUGGGAGAGCACUGCUGAGGAGCAGGUAGCAGGACCAUGAGUUUGUGGGGUUUGCAAAGAGGCUCAUUUGGAGAAGUCAUGGUAUAAAUGGAGAAAUGAGACAUGUCUGAACUUGAUGCAGCUGACAAAUUAUUAAUUCAAGUGGACCAGUAAUGCCUGGUGGUAAAGUAUGGGGCAGUAGAUUUGUGCUUGGCGUGGCCUUGUAGUCGGGGCUCCCUUAAAAUAAAACCCUGCUGACAGAGGUAAUUGUGGUGUGAGAGACGAAGUGUCUUAAUAUAGGAUACGGACGCUCACUUUUUAAACGGUUGCCUUUGCAGUUUAGAGGUACCAGCUUCUCUGAGAAUAGGGUCAUCCAUGAAACUCCAUUCUCUCAAUUCCCUUCUUCCUUGCUAGCUUCUUUGCUAUGUAGUCCACUCUCUUUUUUCUCCUGGUUUUCGUUAUUGUUUGAGCUAAUUACCCUAAUUCAUUUAUUCAGCGCUUUUAUCAAAUGCCAACUGUGUGCUGACAGUGUUCUGUGUAAUGGGGCUUCAGUGGUGAGCAAGACUGAGAAAGUACCUGUGCUUAUGGAGCUUACGUUUUGGUGGAGGAAGACAGGCGAAAACCAAGGAAAUAAGAUAAUUUCAGAUAGUGUGUGAUUGUGGGAAGAUGGAGGAGUAUGAGAAGUUCUGUGAGAAAAGUCUUGCCAGAAUCCAAGAAGCAUCACUGUCCACAGAGAGUUUUCUACCUGUCCAGUCUGAAAGCAUCUCGCUUAUUCGCUUCCAUGGAGUGGCUGUGCUUUCUCCACUGCUUAACGUUGAGAAAAGAAAGGAAAUGCAACAAGAAAAGCAGAAAGCACUUGAUGUAGAAGCGAGAAAGCAGGUUAAUAGGAAGAAAGCUUUAUUGACUCGUGUCCAGGAGAUUCUUGAAAAUGUUCAGGUUAGAAAAGCACCUAAUGUGAGUGAUUUUGAUCAGUGGGACACUGAAACAGUUUACUGUAAUUCAGAAGUCAGAAACUUGAGUGUUCCUGCUACAUUUCCAACUAUCUUGCCAAGCCCUACUGAACACUCUGCUUUAGCAAAAUUUGAAAAGAUAACUGGAAUUUUGCCACUGAAUAAUGAAGACCAAUUUAAAUCUAAUGGGAUAGACUUAGCUAGGGACUCAGGAGAAUUUACUUCUCUGAAGCAAUGCAAUAGUUCAAAUAUUAGCUGCACAGAAAACGAAGCUUCUCUAAAGACCUCCUCAGCAACCCUACAAGAGACUCUUAUUUCUGAUGGUCUCUUCCCAACAAAUGAAGAACAGGAUCCAUCACUUUUGGAAGAAGUUACUCCAGAUCCCUACAUAAUGAGUCUUCAGAACCUGAUGAAAAAGUCAAAGGAAUAUAUAGAAAGAGAACAAUCUAUACGCAGUCUGAGAAGUAAUGCAAAGAGGAGUGUUAACGAGAGUCAUUCAGACAAAGAAAAUGAUGCUGUCAGAGUGACUGACAGUGUAAAGGACAAUGCCCAGCUGCUAGGCAAACACUGUGGUUCAGUUAUUCCUGACAAACCAAGCCUUAAUAAAUCAAAUGUUCUUCUCCAAGGUGCUUCCACUCAAGCAAGCAGCAUGAGUACGUCAGCUUUAGGUAGCUUUUCUAAAGUGGAUAUACCUAUCCGAACUGGCCAUCCCACUGUUUUAGAUCCUGAUUCUGAUUUCAAAGUCAUUCCCACUUUUGUUACUGAAAAUAAUGUUAUCAAAAGUCUUACUGGUUCGUAUGCCAAAUUACCUAGUCCAGAGCCAAGCCUGAGUCCUAAAAUGCAUCGAAGGCGUUCUAGACCAUCGUCAGCAUGUCACAUACUCAUAAAUAACCCAGUAAAUGCCUGUGAGUUAAGUCCUAAAGGAAAAGAACAGGCAGUAGACUUAGUCAUUCAAGCUCCUGAUGAAAAAACAAACGUACCCGAAACUGUGCCAAAGUUACCAAUCGAUUUAGCAGGAGUGUGCUCAAGCAAGGUUUAUGUCAGCAAAAAUACAUCAGAAGCCAUCCAGGAAAUGGUUUUAGGUAAACCAAAUCGGGUAUGUCAGUCUUCAGGAAAUCAACUAGAAAAUAAAGUCAUUCAUGGACUUGCUGUCGUGGAAGGUCAGUUAACAUCGGAUGGGGGAGGACCCCACAAAAUGGACAGUACUUGUAGUGCAAUGCCAAGAUUGCACGAGCCAUGUGCCAGUCAGUGUCCAGUGAGUCCAAACUUUGGAAACGUAAGUGGGCUCAAAUCAGCCAGUGUGUUAGCGAAAAGCUCCUGCAAUUUACAAAUGGAACUGAAUAAGUCUUAUGAUGUAAAAAACCCAUCGCCUUUACUGAUGCAAAACCAGAAUCCCAGACAGCAGAUGGACACCCCGAUGCCAUCCUGUGGAAAUGAAUCAUUUUUGGAUAACAGUUUUGAGAAAGUUAAACGGAGACUUGAUUUAGAUGUUGAUAGUUUGCAAAAAGAAAACUGCCCUUACGUCAUAACAACUGGAAUAGCUGAACAGGAAAAGCAACAUUUGCCAGAAAAAAGAUUCCCUAAGGGGUCUGUCUACAUCAACAAGAAUAAAAUGUUAGAAAGGAGUUUCAAAGAAGGCGAGGAGAUAUUAAAAAGCAAGAUGUUAGCUUUUGAAGAAAUGCGGAAGAGACUAGAAGAACAGCAUGCCCAGCAGUUAUCGUUACUCAUAGCUGAGCAGGAAAGAGAACAGGAAAGAUUGCAAAAGGAAAUAGAAGAACAGGAGAAAAUGUUAAAAGAGAAGAAGGUGAUUACAGCAGAAGCUUCUGAACUGGACAUUAACAAUGCGGUGGAGUUAGAAUGGAGAAAAAUAAAUGACUCUGGUUUGCUAGAAACAAUGCUGUCUCAAGUGGACUCACUUCAUACUUCAAAUUCAAAUAGUUCUGGUUUCACAAAUUCUGCCCUACAACACAGCUUCGGUUCUGCAAGUGAAGCACCAUUCUACCUCUGGGGGUCGUCAACAAGUGGCUUGACCAAACUCUCAGUAACAAGGCCUUUUGGAAGGGCCAAACCCAAAUGGUCUCAGGGUUUCAGUCCAGAAGUACAAGCAAAGUGUAACAAAAUCACUGCGGUGGCAAAAGGAUUUCUUACUCGUCGGCUCAUGCAGACAGAUAAGCUGAAGCAACUCCGACAAACUGUAAAAGAUACUAUGGAAUUCAUAAGAAGUUUCCAGUCAGAAGCACCAUUAAAGAGAGGAGUUGUUUCAGCACAAGAUGCUUCUCUUCAGGAAAGAGUGUUAGCUCAGUUGCGAGCUGCCCUGUAUGGUAUUCAUGACAUAUUCUUUGUAAUGGAUGCGGCUGAAAGGAUGUCUAUUCUACAUCAUGAUCGAGAAGUUCGCAAAGAGAAAAUGCUCAGGCAAAUGGAUAAAAUGAAAAGUCCACGAGUGGCUCUUUCAGCUGCAACACAGAAGUCUCUUGAUAGGAAGAAGUACAUGAAAGCUGCUGAAAUGGGAAUGCCAAAUAAGAGAUUUCUGGUUAAACAAAAUCCUUCUGAAACAAGAAUCCUUCAGCCAAACCAAGGACAGAAUGCACCUGUUCAUAGGCUACUUAGUAGGCAAGGAACCCCUAAGACAUCAGUGAAGGGGGUUGUGCAAAAUAGACAGAAGUCUUCACAGAGCAGAGUGCCUAGCAGAGCGCCUGUUUCAGGAGUAUAUGCAGGAAAAAUCCAAAGAAAGCGGCCAAAUGUUGCGACAAUUUAAGAAGACAACAUUCAUUAGGAUAAAAAAAGGGGGGAGAGUUAUCAUCCAUAUUAUUUUCCCUGCCCAAGACUUUUUAUUUAACCCUGGACUCUCUUUACACAGGCCAAGUGACAUCAAAGGGCUGAGCCAAGUAUCUGGAUAAUGUGGUCAGUCUGGCUAAUUCCUUCCCCACACCCCCAUUUUCCUCUUAAUAUUAGGUUUGGGUGAAGACAAAUUAGUAUUUAGUAACUGACUCAUUUCUGUGCUUAACCUGUACAAACGUAAGUUUGUUUUCUGUACCCAAAUGUCUGCCAAGAACCUUUUUGUAAAGGAUAUUUGGGUUUAUUUCUAUAAAAUAUUGAAAAGGUGUGAUAAAUUAUAAAGAAGUUCUGAAAUAUAAAUUUCAUUCAUCUCUGCAUACUGAUUGCUGAAUUUGAUAAAUUACAUACUGUUCUAUUCAAGGGGACAUUAUUGCAGAUUUUGUAACUUUAAAAACUCUGAUUAAUCUCUCAGUCUUCAUAUUCUUGGACUUACAGUAUAAACAUAAGGGUUAUAGGAUAGACCCUUGCCUGCUGAUUGUAGUCCACCUAAAAUUUACCACAGAAGUGGCUGGGGGUCACUACUUGGGUCCCAAGUCCACAUUCCUCUCAACAACACGUCUUACAGAAAUGUUAGUUUAAUGUAUGUUAGUUUAAUGUAUGUUACCCCAGUACUCUUAGAAACAUUUCUACUAAAUUAUAAAAUCUUUCUGUGGAAGCUAACAAAUUUGGGGAAGACAGCACAAUCUUUUUGAAUGCAGUAGCACUCAGAAAUGCGUUGACAUGUAUUUCUGUAAAAUAGAUUAACAUUGCAUGCAGUUAUAUUUUCUAUUUAGUCUGCAUAUUUUGUUUCUUCAUAGUCUGCUUUUUCUAGCAUGCUUGAUUUAGAAGAGAAUAAAGGGCUAUAUAAUGUAAUAAUAAAUUUAGAUUUUCAAAUGGGAUAGAAAUAUUGUCUAGUUGAAAUUCUGCAUUAUUUAAGAGGCACCAGUGUUUAUGGUUUUUCAUCACUAACUUACUUAUUCAUUUAAAACAUAAACCAAAAAAUGUUACCAAGGGAACAUGAUUUUAUGAAAGAGAAUGUCACUGUUAAUUUAUCAUACCAUUUCCAAAAAGGGCUUUGUGCUUCUCAUAUAAAAUCAAAAUGUGUACAUUUAAUCUUUCUAACUUGAAUUUUAAAAAGAUACUGGUAUUUUGAAAAUGCAGACUAUAUAUAUUCUUAAUGGCCUUCUAAGAAUGUGGAGAUAAAGAUUGUUUUCUCUGAUUUUAUGUUCUGUUUGAACUUUAACUUUUACAUCCAGCUGUAGACAGAAAAUAAUAAUCUACUCUGGGUGUAAACUUGAAUUUCUUUAUUGAGAUGUAUCAUUUACUGAAUGAGUGAACCAGAAAAUUAGAAGACAGUCAAAAAUGUCUGAGUUAUCAAUUUUUUAUUUGUAGGCAAAGUAUAUCAAAUUAUCUUCUUAAUAUGAUAAAUUGUGCUUUAUCAUUCUGAAAACUCAGGAUACACCUUACUCAUAUCAUUGUGGGUCUUUCCAGUAAGAAAGAUAGAUGCUAAAAAUUUUGUGUACACUAAUGCAAAUUAGCUAAAACAAAUAGUAUGUUUUGGGAAAAGUGAAAACUAGUUUUACAUUAAGGAUAAGAAACUUGAGUGUUUUUUUUUUUAAUUUAAAGAUAAAAGCUUGUGUGUUUUACACAUUUUUUU